CAUUCAAGAGUUGCUUACGUUCGGUUCGUUCGCAUUUCUUCUCUAUCUUAUAUAAUAUUAUAUUUUCUCCUAAAUCAAUUUUUUCACUACCAACAACAACAAUAAUAACAACUCAACUAUUCUCAACUCGCGUCAACCUUAACUUAACUUUCUUAACAAAAAAAAACACUACAACUCCUCCACUAAAAAUUCUGUCAACUUUCCGUUUUGUUAAACUGAAACUCCAAACAAAAUAUUUAAUUUUGACUCGCCCAUCGAACAAGUUUUGUUUCCAAAAACCGAGGAGAAAAUUGCCAGCCGAAAAACAAAAAAACAAGAAAGAAAGGAUACCCCCCCGUUAUGUUUUGAGUCCAAAUUUCGUGUUAAAAACAAACGUAAACGUAAACGCAAAUGUAAAAAUCGAUAAGCCACACGCAGCCAGCCAACUGAACGCGAACGUGCCCGUGUGUGUUCCGUGGAGGUUUUUGGGGAGAAAACGGGGGGAACUGACCAAAAAUCGGUGGCCCUGGCCAAAAACGCAAAAACUCCGGCCCAAAAAAGAAAGAAACGAAACGAAACGUAACGAAAAAAAGACGAAACUCCAGCCCAAAUGACGGAUACGGGUCUGACAACAACGAAUCAAGCGCCGAAAUGUGUGAAGUGGCUGUGAAACCCGAGGAAUCCUAACUGCAAAUUAAAACCAAUUUACAAUAAAAUGCAAAUUACAAAGAAUAUUUAACCGACACAAAAACACACUCACUCACACACACGGAGAGAAAUCAGGAAGAGCUGAAAUGCCAGGCCUGAGAAGUCCCCACAAGCUGUACGUCUAAAACUUUAACAGAUCUUUCGGCGAGCCAAACUUUAUAUACAACAAAUAUAUAUAUGUAAAUAUAUAUUUUCACAUGCGAGAUAACAACAGCAACGUUUCCUUUCCGCUUUUGCCACAAAUAAUACCCCCUGAGACGGUCUUUGCUCGCUCGAAACUCGAUACUAGCUUCAGCACUUAGCCCUUUAAGAUCUAACUGGAUCCUAAGCUCCUCAGCUCCUAGCCAAACAACUAAAAACUUUAACCUCAACUCAACUCAAGCCCAGUAAAAUGCCGCGCUGCCUGAUAGCCAAAAAGUGGAAGGCCUAUCCCUGGCUGGAUCGCACGGAGGACAAUGCAAACAACAACCAGCAGCAGCAGCAACAGCAACAGACAUCCUCUAGAGAUCUGGAGGAACUGCAUCUCAAGUCCAGACGCUCCACUUUGGAUGAGGAUGAGGAGAUCGAUGUGGUGGGCGACAAGUUCCUGAUCAAGCUGGAAAAGCAACGCACAACAGCAACAGCAGCAGCAGCAACUUCUAUUGAAGCAGCAACAUCGCACAGUGGCAGCAACAUUGAGGCAUCGACAACGACGACGACGACGACGACGACGUCGACGACGUCGACGACGUCCAAGUGCUGGGGACCCAGUUCACCCACGGCGGGCACUACGGCUCCAAGUCCGCCACCUCAUUCCCCGGAGGCGGCAACUCGAGUGGCCGGCAAUGUUUACAACGGUUAUACCCGCGAACUGUCGCCGCUGCACUACACCGCGUACCUGCCCCGCAUGGAGAGCGGGAUAACCGUGAUCCGUGCGGCGGCCACAGCUCUGGUGGCAGCCGCGUCCGCCUCAUCCGUAAACGGAAAUGGGGGAAAUGGAGAUCAGCACUUGGCCGCCUACCAAACGCCGCCCUCGUCCACCACCUCGUCACCCUCGUGCUCGCCCAGUGGGGCCGGCGAUCGUUACAGUCCGCUCUCGAGUGGUCAGACCUCCAGCGAAAGGAAGUGUUUUAGCAGCACGGGUGCCACACUAUCCCUGCCGCCAAAGAAGAAGGACAUCUACAGGCCGUACUCCCUGGAUGACAAGCCGGCGCAUGGCUAUCGGCAAAGGAUUCCGGCGGAGGAGGACCUGCAUGCAGCCCAUGCCAUUCUGGAUUUGAGUGCCAGCACAGCCUUCCACCCGCCCACGCAGCCACACCAACUGCAACAGCAGCAACACCUUGCCCCGCAGCAACACCAUCAUUAUUUGCCACUGCAGCAGCAACAGCCGCAGCAGCAGCAACAGCAACAGCAGGCACACCACACCCACUUGCCAACUCUGGAGGCGCAUGCGCAUCUGCGAAGCACAUCAUCGAUUGCCGAACUGGCUGCAGCGGCCAGCGUGGUAAAUGAGCAACGCCCCGCCAGCAAUGCCUCGAGUUCCAGCAGCAAUCACAUGCCCAGCAGUCCCAGCAGCAAUUCGAGCAGCAGCAGCAGUCAGGUGCAGAACGAGAACAGCAAUACGACGAACACAAAUCAGGAUGGCGAGUGUGCGAUGGAUGGGGAACAUGGUGGCGCCUCCGGAGCAUCGGCCAAAACGGUGGCCUACACCUACGAGGCCUUCUUCGUCAGCGAUGGUCGUUCAAAGCGCAAGCAUGUGGCAGAUCCUGCCUCGGCAGUAGUGCCCUCGCCAGACCAGCAAAAAACCAAGUACACCUGCUCCGAGUGUGGCAAGCAGUAUGCCACCUCUUCGAACCUGUCACGUCACAAGCAAACGCAUCGCUCAUUGGACUCGCAAUCGGCCAAGAAGUGUCACACCUGUGGCAAGGCCUAUGUCUCCAUGCCCGCAUUGGCCAUGCAUGUCCUCACCCACAAGCUGUCCCACAGUUGUGGCGUCUGCGGCAAGCUGUUCUCAAGACCCUGGUUGCUCCAAGGGCACCUCAGAUCCCACACCGGCGAGAAGCCCUACGGAUGUGCGCACUGCGGCAAGGCCUUUGCAGAUCGUUCCAAUCUUCGGGCUCACAUGCAAACCCAUUCGGUGGACAAGAACUUCGAGUGCAAGCGGUGUCACAAAACCUUCGCCCUGAAGUCAUACCUCAACAAGCACUUGGAAUCGGCAUGCCUGAAGGACGAAGAGGAGCUGAUGAUGUCCAUGUCGCUGUCGAUGCACGAUAGCAACAGUGAGAGUGGGGCAAGUAUGGCCUCAUCUCCGCCACACGAAUUCCUUGAGCGGGUGAAAAUCGAGGGCAGUGCAGGAGCCACUUAUGCCAUGUAAGCAUAUAACAUAUAUGGGGGUGCAAUCGAAAUCUCUCUUUAAAAGCAUACACAAGAUCCGGCUCGAAGGACCACAAAGAGAUCCGAAACAUUUA